UCAAGCUUUUAUUCGCAUGUUGGGAACUCUAGUUUCCAUGUUGUGUCCGGGGCAUUAUUUGGAUUUUGCUGAUGUACCUCAACAGUUUAAGGAUCAAGUGCUUGAUCGUAUGAGGUAUUACUAUAAUAUAGACGGUCAUCCACAACGUGAGUCAGUUCUGGCAACUCUCAACAAGGAGAUGGGGGAAAGAUAUCGCGAGAGAAAGAACUAUAGACAUAGACACUUCAAAAAUCAUUAUGCUGGACCAGAAGAUUUGGAGAAUGUCCUCUCUAAGCCACCUAACCAUUGCACUAAGGAGGCUUGGCAGCUUAUUUGUGAAAUGUUUUUGAGCGAAAGAUUUUUGGCUCGUUCCGCUAAAAAUCAAGCAAACAGAAGACAAAUGAAGUAUGUAACAACACAAGGCACAAAGUCGUUGGCAGCUAAGCGUCACGAAUAUGAGAACCCGGAUGCACAUGUUGUUGAUACUUGGAGGGAUGCUCAUAUGAGAAAAUCGACAAAAUCUUUUGUCAAUGAGGCAGCUCAACAAGAUUAUGAAAAAAUGGCGGCUGAGGUUGAGAGGUCACAGAAUGAGAGGCAAAGUCAACAGCAGAGUGAGGCAUCUCUAAAUGUAUCUGCGGUUUUAAACACCGGAAAAAGUCAACGAGCCGGCAAAAGUGCGUCGAAUUUUGCAUCAACGACCCUUUUCCAUCGGCAGUUGGGCCACUUUUACCGGAGAACAAUGUCGCCAAUGAAAGUUGCAUAG